AUGUUGCCAAGGCUUAGUAGAGACUUUUAUUGUCUGUUUCACUGCCCUUUGGAAGGCACGUCGAUGUCAUGAACUUGGGAAAUCACGAAAGGGAAGUUGAAUGGUAUUUCAAUGGAGCGGGUUAAUUGUGAAAUAGGUCAUUCCUAGUCUCAACUAGAGUAGUGGUUAUUUGCCCGUCAAGGGAUUCCCAGCUAGACUUUCAAGCACGGCGAUUUUCGAAGAACAGUACUUAUGUUGAUUGUGUCCAGAUAAUGACAGCAGAAUACACUUUGUAUUUCGAGUUCAGCCCGUAUUUCAAAGGUGAUGUCACAGAAAGCCCUCAGAGAUCUGAAUGCCCUACCUGGAUCUGAGAGAAAGAUUGAGAGUGCCAACAAAGGGAAUCUAAUGAAACCUAUAUCCGAGAUCACUAAUGAGAAUACAGAAGAAUGGCACAGAAAGAAUGAUGCUUCUUUGGCUUCCACUCCUGCUAGUGAAAAUGGAGCUGCAAAAUCUGGAAACGAGGUGGUAAAUGUUGAAAUAGAAUAUAUUGACUCCGAGGACUUGAAUGGUCUUGAAGAUGUUGAUAUGACUAUUAAGACAAUUUUGGCUGGACUAGAUUCUAAAGACUGGGUUCUGGUGUGUGGAACGCUGAACAAUGUACGAAGGUUGUCUUUAUUUCAUAAGGAGGCAAUGCUUGAAAUGGUGGGUGAUGUCGUUAUGCUUUUAGUGAAGUCCCUGAAGAAUCCCAGAAGUGCACUCUGUAAAACUGCAAUCAUGACAUCAGCAGAUAUGUUCCAUGCCUAUAACGAUCAACUGAUUGAUUUUUUGGAUCCUCUGCUGGUUCAACUUCUGCUCAAGGCUUCACAAGAUAAAAAAUUUGUAUGUGAGGCAGCUGAGAGAGCUUUAAUAUCAAUGACCACUUGGGUUUCCCCUUCAUUAUUACUGCCAAAGUUGCAACCUUACCUUAAACACAGAAAUCCUCGUGUUCGAGCAAAAGCCUCAAUGUGCUUCAGCAGGAGUGUUCCGCGACUGGGAAUAGAAGGCAUAAAAGCAUAUGGAAUUGACAAUUUGAUCCAAACUGCCGCUUCUCAGCUCAGUGACCAGCUUCCCGAGUCCAGGGAGGCUGCUCGAGCUCUCCUCUUGGAGUUACAAUCCGUCUAUGAGAGCGCACUCGAGUUCACGCCAUCCACAACAGUAUCUGAUUCUCCCGAGCGGGGCUCAUGGGAGCACUUCUGUCAAUCGAAGCUCUCUCCUAUUAACGCGCAAGCCGUGCUUCGCGUGACCAACAUUACUCGAGAGGCUCUCGUGAUUGGUUCCUAGCACAAGGCUGGAACAUGCAUUUGGGCAGUAGUGAAGAUUUCACGGAUUUGCGCAUAUGAGCUUUAGAAAGCAGAAUCUACAUUCAUCAUAUUUUCUUCAUUGCAAUUUCUUUUGAUAUCCUUAGAGUCUGGUUUGGAUUGAUUCUUGUAAAUGCAACGCGGCAAUGAGGUGCUUGGAAGUGCAUGUAGUGAGUUCCUAGUUAGGUUACUUUAAAAAUUCAUUCGGGUACUGUCUAUCGGUUUUACUACUCCAGUCAGGCGUCAGUUUCAUGGAUGUAUAGGGUGAAGAUAUCUCCUGGAAAACUUAGUAGUUGCCGCCAUACCUUCUUCAAAUGUAGUUUUGAUUUGUGAAGAUUGUUUGUUUACGUUGAUGUAAAGGGGGGGGCACUACCCAUUAUAUAUCUUUUCUUGAUAGCGC